AAAAUAUAAUAUUUCUCCCUGGCACUAGUCCUAGACACAGGCGCACAGUAAGUCCUCUCUAUAUACCCAAACAGUCAUUCGUUUAUCCCAGUUUGUUUUAGCUGUGACUGCAACAUCCACAAAGAUAUAGAAGCAUCUCUCAGUUGAGUUGAAAUAGUGCUGUUCAGUAGGCUAGCUGUCAAACAUUUUGCGUGCCGGGUGGUCGAUAUUAGACCAAGAAGAAACACUUCGAAUUGCGUAGAAGCCCAAAGGAGAAAAGAUGCUACCGACUCGUGUGGGAAUCACCGGGCUGACAGCAUGUUGCCUGGUGUUGCUUUCUCACUGUUUUGCUCCUACAGAUGCUGCGUAUACAUGUGGGACAAGUCAGUUCAGGUGUGGCAACGGGAAAUGUAUCACCAGCCGGUGGGUGUGUGACGGAGCUGAUGACUGUGGUGAUGGAACUGACGAGCUGUCAGCCGCCUGUGAGGCUAAGACCUGCCUGCCCACUGAGUUCAGCUGUGGAGGCCCACUGAACAAGUGUAUCUCCGGAACGUGGCACUGUGAUGGCAAAGCUGACUGUGACAAUGGAGCUGAUGAGAAGAGCUGUGCCGCAAAGAACUGCACCGACGACGAGUUCCAAUGCUCCAACGGUCAGUGCAUCGCCGUCUCCUUCGUGUGCGACAAGGACAAGGACUGUUCCGAUGGUUCUGAUGAGACUUCCUGUCCCACCGCCACCUGCGGUCCCAACGCCUUCCAGUGUAACAACACUGUGUGUGUACCGCGUCUCUGGGCCUGCGACGGCGACGCCGAUUGUGCCGACGGUUCAGACGAGUGGCCCCAGAACUGUGGCGGGAGGGACACCAAACCGACAACAAAGCCAUGUGGGCCACAUGAAUUCCACUGUGGGAGUGGGGAGUGUAUCCAUAGGAGUUGGAGCUGUGAUGGAGGCAAGGACUGUCAGGAUAAUUCAGAUGAAACCAACUGCAGUCGGCCCACUUGCCAGCCAGAUGAGUUUCAGUGUAACGAUGGCUCCUGUAUCCAUGGUAGCCGUCAGUGUGACCGCCAGUUUGACUGCAAGGAUCUGAGCGAUGAGAUGGACUGCAAGAGCGUGGAUGCGUGUGAGGGCCCGAAUAACUUCAGGUGUAAGAGUGGGGAGUGCAUCACCGUGGACAAGGUGUGCAACAGGCAGAAAGACUGCCGAGACAUGUCCGACGAACCUAUCAGGGAGUGUGGCAACAACGAGUGUUUGACCAAUAACGGCGGUUGCUCUCACACCUGUACCGACCUGAAGAUUGGCUUCAAUUGCUCCUGUCCUGCUGGGUACAGUCUGGGGAAGGACAACAGGAAAUGUGAAGACAUUGAUGAGUGUGCUGACCCAGACACCUGUACCCAGAUCUGUGUGAACAUCCUGGGAAGUUACAAGUGUGAGUGUGAGGAGGGCUACGAACUGGACCCCAAGACCAAGACCUGCAAGGCUGCCACAGGUACUGUCCCCUACCUGUUGUUCACCAACCGCCAUGAGGUGAGGAAGAUGACUUUGGACCGUAGAGAGUACGUCCCUCUCAUCCCCAGACUGAAGAGCGUGGUGGCCCUGGACAUGGACAUGCCUGGACACAAGAUCUUCUGGUCUGACCUGCACCACAGGAAGAUCUACAGCGCUGACAUGAACUUGGCAGGAGACUCCUCCCACCACAGCGUGGUGAUUGACAGCCAGAUGGAGGCGCCGGAGUGUCUGGCCGUCGACUGGAUUCACGGUAACAUCUAUUGGACGGACAGUGUGCUCCAGACCAUCUCCGUGGCAACCACGGACGGAACACGGCGAAAGACGCUGAUAAGCGAAGGACUGGAGAAACCAAGAAGCAUCGUGGUGGACCCAGCCAACAACUUCAUGUACUGGACUGACUGGGGCAACGAGGCCAAGAUCGAGAAGAGUGGGCUGAACGGUGCCAACCGCGUCGCCUUGGUAACGGACAACAUCAUGUGGCCCAACGGCAUCACGCUUGACAUGGUUAACCAGCGUCUGUACUGGGUGGACUCUAAGAUGCACACCCUCUCCAGCAUCGGCGUAAACGGAGAAGGACGACACACACUCAUUUUCAACGAGGACAAGCUGGCUCACCCCCUCUCUGUCGCCGUCUUUGAGGAGAAAGUAUUCUGGACCGACAUGGGCGACAGAGCAGUCAUGAGUGCCAACCGCCUGACAGGAAAUGACAUCACUGUACUGGCAGAGGACCUGUUGCAGCCAGAGGACAUCAUUGUAUACCACAACCUCAAGCAGCCCAUCGGAAAGAACUGGUGCACAGAGAAAAACUUUGUGAAUGGAGGUUGUGAGUUCCUAUGUCUGCCUGCUCCUCAGAUCAACCAACACUCCCCCAAAUACACCUGUGCCUGUCCUGAUCACAUGACCCUCGGCCUGGACAUGAGGAAGUGUGUGGCAGCUCCAACAACUACCGCUCCCCCCACCACUCCCAAAACUGCAGCCCCCAUCCCUACCUGGGCCCCAACCAAACAGCCAGCUCGUCCCACUUCCACCACAACUACAACUACCUCCUCUGCCCGCCGGGCCCAGCCCCAGGACCCUGAUAGGUCCUCGACCACUCACAGUCCACAGGAAACUGCGGUGACAGGUCAAAGUGGCUAUGUUGCCAUGCCCAAAGUAGCUGAGACAUCACACCAUACUGUGCUCUACAUUGUCUUACCUAUCAUGAUGAUGUGCCUGGUGCUGUUUGGUGCAGUGUUGCUAUGGAGACACUGGAGGCUGAAGAACACCAACACCAUCCACUUUGACAACCCCGUGUACCAGAAGACCACAGAGGACGAGUUGCACAUCUGUAGAAACCACAGCCAGGACGGAUACACCUACCCACAGAGACAGAUGGUGAGCCUGGAAGAAGACCUGGCAUGACUAGUAGAAGAAGAAGAAGUGGAUAUGAAGAAUUGUAUUUAAAGAGAGAGAGAUUUUUGUUUGAAAAAGUGACAAACAAAAAACAAUGGAGGUCAUUUUAACCCUAAUGCUACUGACACGUCCUUUCCAAUCGUAUGAUGAUGACCAUAGUUCCUGGCUUCCUGUUCCGAAGAUUACGUUCCGACCUCAACACUGUGCUGCCAUCCAAGACGAAGAAGAAGGAAAAAAGAAACACAAAAGAAAAAAAACUUGGUUGCCGUGGAAACCCAUCCCAAAAAAAAGGAAUGAAAGAAGAAUAAACAUACAAACGGAAUCACACAGAAAAUGACUUGGUAGCGUUGUGGUCUCGAACACAACCCUGAAGAGAAAAAAACAUCUGGAGGCCAUUUUGUCAAACAUCGGAAGGACUUGAAAAUGAAAGACACAGUAAAUGCACAGUUGGACUGUAGUUGUCCGUUCUUUCAUAAUGUAAGAGCUCUUACCUAGGUGGCCUGGUCCCAAAUGUAUGUAUUUUUGGCUAACUCCUCGUCAGAGAGAAGAAUAAAUGUCUAAGCACAUAAUGUACAGAUUUGGUACCAGGCUAGGUCCUGGACCAUGGCUCUUUGACACAUGGAAGUUCAAAAUGAUAACCAUCUAACACAGCUUCCACUUUGUUUGUUUUUGUUACAUAUCACUUAGCAGCUCUUUUGUAAAUGAGUGUACAUUUGGCUACUUACUGUAAAAUAGGCCAACUUUUAUUCUAAUGUUGCAUAAGAUUGUGCAUAGCGCUGUACAGCAGACGUCCUACACUUCCAACCCAUUUGAUUCUUGAGUUCAGUUUGAUCCCACUUCCUUUGUCAGCCUGACAAAAGCACUAGAAAACACAAUUAGCACGAUAUGAAGAACGUGUUGAAGAUUGUGAGUUUAAAACAGGCUGCAGUCAAAAAGCUGUCUUGUCAUAUCUUUUUAAGGUCAAAAAUGGUACCUAGUUUGUAUGUUUAUGGUGUACUUACCAAUGGACAUUGAGACCUCUGGAUGACCUUAUCGCCUGACAUUGACACAUGCACGUCCAUAGUCACUUAGCACCAAACAUCACCACAUCUUAAAGUGGAGACUUUCCCAGGGGGGACAUUGAACUAUGGUGUGACACUACUCUGAGCUGAAACGUGAGAUGUCGGCACUACUCAAAGCUAAAACGUGAGUUGUCGGCACUACUCAAAGCUAAAACGUGUGAGCUGUCAUUGGUAUCUUUACAUAUUUGUGCCUUUGCCAUCAUCAAUGCAAGCAUUUCUAUACUCACUCCAGCAAUGUGUGUAAUGUCUAGUGACGUACAUGUUCUUACGGUAUGUGGUAUACAGUGUUUAGAAGAACCCAAAUGCCUUAUGACCUCCUUUCACUAUAGCUGACAUAAUAGUUAUCUUGCCUUUGCAUGUGCAGCAGACAUUCUGUCUCUUGGUAUAUAUGAUCUUAUAGCCCCUGUCAACUGUUGCCUUACACAAGUUAGUGAGUUGAGUUGUUGCCUUAUAUCUGGUUAUGGCUUUACACGCCUUGUGCAUUUUCGAUAUAUUCCAAUUUGUGCAUCAACAAGUUACAUCUAAAUCGAUGAGCAUUGUUUGUUUUGUGGCCAAUUUUAAAGGUAGCUGAAUGCCUGUAGCUGAAUGCCUGUAGCUGAAUGCCUGUAGCUGAAUGCCAGUAGCUGAAUCUGAAUGCCUGUAGCUGAAUGCCAGCAGCUGAAGGCCAGUUGAAGGCCUGUAGCUGAAGGCUAGUUGAAGGCCACUGGUUUAUGUCUGUAUGCUACUCACUGUUCUAAAGAGUUAAGCCAUGAAGAAAACACCCUCCGUUUGAUUUUUUUAUUAAGGUGGAAAGCUGACAAAAUAAAUGAUGGUGAAUGAUGUUGAAUGACAUCCUGGUAUGAUAUGACAAUACUAAUUAUUAUUUUUGAGAAUAUGUAUAUAGUUUGUAUGUUUCUGUAAAUACUACAUCCUCAGUUCGCUGUGGUAUCACCCUGUUCAUUUUGUACAUUUUAAAACGUGAAAAAUAUGUUGUACAUAUUACAGAUUCAUUUUAUUUAUUUAUAUAUAUACAUAUAUAAAUAUCUUGAUUGUCUGCUUUCUAUUCCCAAGCCCUCGUGUCUACUGUGAAUGGUUACACAGUUGUUAAUAUUGUCCCAUCAUAACCAACCAACCAAUGUUCAUUAUCUUGAUUCAUUAUCCAUUGAAUCAUUAUCUUGGUUGUGUGAAUGACACUACUGGUUCUGAACAGCGGUGUAAAGUUCAGAUCCAUAUAAAGACAUAUAUCUAUGGUUCUGGUGAAGUUAACGUUUGUUCUGUUAUAUUGUUGUGCUUUCAUUCAAAGCUGAUUGAAGAUCUUACAUUUUAUAGACUAAAUUGCCCCUGUUGUGCAGUGUUUUAUGACAUCAGUUGUGAUCAUGGUUAUCAGUUGUGGUGUGUAAAGCACAAUGUUGUGUAUCACCCUAAGAUGUACGAGUCCACAGGACAGAGCACCAGCUGCAGCUUGCCUGUUACAUGCAAAAUGCUCUUCUUUUUUAUUCUUCAUUAUCCUGUUCAGUGAAUCCAAUCUCAAAGUGACCAUUUGUUUUGUUUGUGUUGUGAUUAUUUUGUUAAAUAAAAGAUAAAUAAUGAUCAAG